CUGCAUUCUGCUCGGCUUUUGUAGCCGUCUGCUUUUGCACCCCUUUUCGUUCUGUUUCUAGACGGUUUGGCGAGGGUGAAGCUGCGUUCAUACCCCUUCCUCUUGUUAUUCUCUCCUGCUCUGACAGCACCUCUUUUCAUAGCAGUUGGGGGGCCUAGGAUCGGUGCAUCUUCCGCCGCGCUGCCAGCACCCCGCAGCGCGUGGCCGUGCACCCCGGAAUCUGCAGCAGCUGCAUAUCUGAGGGGGGUCUCCUUUGCCUCCGCCACCUUUGCUCCCCGCGCUUUUGGUUGUGUGGAGGGCUUCAGCGCGCGGCGCCCCCGCUUGUCCGCAGCCCCCUGCCCCGCGCCCGGACUCGACCCGCGCCGCCAAGAUGGUCAUCCAGAAAGAGAAGAAGAGCUGCGGGCAGGUGGUUGAAGAGUGGAAGGAGUUCGUGUGGAACCCGAGGACGCACCAGUUUAUGGGCCGCACCGGGACCAGCUGGGCCUUUAUCCUCCUCUUCUACCUCGUUUUUUAUGGGUUCCUCACCGCCAUGUUCACCCUCACCAUGUGGGUGAUGCUGCAGACUGUCUCCGACCAUACCCCCAAGUACCAGGACCGACUGGCUACACCGGGCUUGAUGAUUCGUCCCAAGACUGAGAACCUUGAUGUCAUUGUCAAUGUCAGUGACACUGAAAGCUGGGACCAGCAUGUUCAGAAGCUCAACAAGUUCUUGGAGCCUUACAACGACUCUAUCCAAGCCCAAAAGAAUGAUGUCUGCCGCCCUGGGCGCUAUUACGAACAGCCAGAUAAUGGAGUCCUCAACUACCCCAAACGUGCCUGCCAAUUCAACCGGACCCAGCUAGGCAACUGCUCUGGCAUUGGGGACCCCACCCACUAUGGCUACAGCACUGGGCAGCCCUGUGUCUUCAUCAAGAUGAAUCGGGUCAUCAACUUCUACGCAGGAGCAAACCAGAGCAUGAAUGUUACCUGUGCUGGGAAGCGAGAUGAAGAUGCUGAGAAUCUCGGCAACUUCGUCAUGUUCCCUGCCAACGGUAACAUCGACCUCAUGUACUUCCCCUACUAUGGCAAAAAGUUCCACGUGAACUACACACAGCCCCUGGUGGCCGUGAAGUUCCUGAAUGUGACCCCCAAUGUGGAGGUGAAUGUAGAAUGCCGCAUCAACGCCGCCAACAUCGCCACAGAUGAUGAGCGAGACAAGUUCGCCGGCCGUGUGGCCUUCAAACUCCGCAUCAACAAAACCUGAGGCCCCUUCCUCCCACCCCAUCUCUCUCCUGUGGAUGCUCCUGGAAUGUCCCUGACCCUGCCUGAUCCCUCCCUCACCCACCCCAAAGGUAUUUUUGAUAACAGAGCUAUGACUUGUCUGAGCCUCA